AGGGACCUCAUGUCUUGGGAAAUCACAUCAGUUGAGUUUCCAUUAUCCUUUCAAUAAAUAGCCAUGGCAACUAUUGCAUUCUCUCGAUUUUCUAUAUGCUUUUGUGUCCUUCUCCUUUGCCAUGGUUCUAUGGCUCAGAUAUUUAGUCUAGGCAUAAAUCCAUGGCAAAAUCCUCGACAAGGGGGUUCUAGGGAGUGUAGGUUUGAUAGGCUCCAAGCGUUUGAGCCGCUUAGGAAAGUGAGGCAUGAAGCUGGGGUUACAGAGUACUUUGAUGAGAAGAAUGAGCAGUUCCAGUGCACCGGUACAUUAGUAAUUCGUCGCAUUAUUGAGCCUCAGGGCCUUCUUUUACCUCGAUACUCCAACACUCCUGGCCUAGUAUAUAUCAUCCAAGGGACUGGUGUACUGGGAUUGACCUUUCCUGGUUGCCCAGCAACUUACCAAAAGCAAUUUAGGCAUUUUGGUCUUGAAGGAGGAAGCCAAAGGCAAGGAAAAAAAUUAAGAGAUGAAAACCAAAAGAUCCACCAAUUUAGGCAAGGAGAUGUUGUUGCACUUCCUUCUGGUAUACCACACUGGUUCUAUAAUGAGGGUGACACCCCUGUUGUUGCUUUGUUUGUUUUUGAUGUAAACAACAAUGCUAAUCAACUCGAACCAAGACAAAAGGAGUUCUUGUUAGCUGGUAACAAUAUAGAGCAACAAGUGUCCAACCCCUCAAUCAACAAACAUUCUGGGCAAAACAUAUUCAAUGGAUUCAACACUAAGCUAUUAAGUGAGGCCUUAGGCGUUAACAUAGAGGUGACCAGAAGGCUACAAAGUCAAAAUGACCGAAGAGGAGAUAUCAUUCGAGUAAAGAAUGGCCUUCGAUUGAUAAAACCAACUAUCACACAACAACAGGAACAAACACAAGAUCAAUACCAACAAAUUCAAUAUCAUAGAGAGCAACGAUCAACAAGCAAAUACAAUGGCUUGGAUGAGAACUUCUGUGCAAUUAGGGCAAGGUUAAACAUAGAAAACCCUAAUCAUGCUGAUACUUACAACCCUCGUGCUGGAAGGAUUACAAAUCUCAAUAGCCAGAAGUUCUCCAUUCUUAACCUUGUCCAAAUGAGUGCUACAAGAGUAAAUCUAUACCAGAAUGCUAUUCUCUCACCAUUCUGGAAUAUUAAUGCUCACAGUUUGGUGUAUACAAUUCAAGGGCGUGCUCGAGUUCAGGUUGUUAGCAACCAUGGAAAGGCUGUAUUUAAUGGUGUUCUUCGUCCAGGGCAAUUACUAAUUAUACCACAAAAUUAUGUGGUUAUGAAGAAAGCAGAGCUUGAAGGAUUUCAAUUUAUCGCGUUUAAGACAAACCCAAAUGCCAUGGUAAACCACAUCGCGGGGAAGAACUCAGUUCUCCGUGCAAUGCCUGUGGAUGUGAUAGCUAAUGCAUAUCGCAUCUCAAGGCAGGAAGCUCGUAGCUUGAAGAAUAAUAGGGGAGAAGAGAUUGGUGCUUUCACUCCUAGAUAUCAACAACAAAAAAUCCACCAAGAGUACUCAAAUCCAAACGAAAGUGAGACUCAAGAGGUGAUUUAAACCCAAGGCAUUAUAUACUAAAAAAUAAAGCCACAUGCAUAAAGCUUUGUGGAGUUUUGUAUUUUGUCGUAUGUGUAAGUUAAAUAAAAAAAGAAUUGCCUUCAUUUAA